AUGGAUCGGCAGGAGGUUACGCUUCUUGUGGAGGUUACGCUUCUUGAAAAAGACUUUGGCGUAACUGGAAUUGGGGGCGAGGUUCUUCUGUAUCGCCAGAAAAUACCGAUGCAAAAUGUUGGUUGAAGGCGUCUGUCGACAGAACUAGAGACUACUUUCCGAAUGGAUGUGACACCCGUGGCCGUGUUUUUGCUGCUAGAUGGUGCAGACAUUUGCUCAGGAACGCUGCUUGCUUUAUUGCCAAGUUUGAAAACGGACCAAAAUCGUUUUGGGUUUGCUUUAAUGUCCUGUUCUAAUGAUUCGAAGAAUCUUAUGUCUUUCGAAAUACUGUCCAACCCACAUUUUCCCAUUUUUGGCCCCGACACCUUGUUUGACAAAUGUCGUCAAAAGCAAAUGGGUUCAUUUGUUCGGGAAUGACAGAUAAAUAUUUAUUUGGGUGCACUCAUUGUGCGCACCCAAUGUACAAAUAGGGUUAAAAAUGAUUACACUGUGUAUUAAAUAUACGGUACAAUAGUCUCUCUUACAGCCAUUCUUUGAAUAAUAUUUGUAUCAUCAUGUACUCCUCCACACAAGGUCAUGAAGAGGAAUAAAAUCACAACACAAAGAGAAACUGCAAGGAAGACUACUUGAGCAACGGUCAAAUCUUUUAUGAGACAACGAUGGCAGUGAUGUAUGAAAAAUUAUUUGGACCAGGAACGGAGCCAUAAUAUUAAACUGUAUUAACACAAUUUUUGUAUUGAAACAAACAAAUUUUGUUUCAUAGCCCCUCUUUAAAGUCAUAAAUUUAUUUCAUACCCCAUCCAGAUCCCUGAAAAAAAUUUCAUACCCCAUCCCAAUAUCCUCCGCCCCGGGGUAGCACUUACUUUAUGACCGCUCCCUAAUGUUAUAGCCGGAAUCAAAAUCACUUCAAGUUUGAGUGCGCACUUGAUACACUGAAGACAUUGUGAGGUGCAAAGUCUUUAGAGUUAGUGAUAAAAACGCGGGGUUGGGACGCGGAUGAAAUUAUAAUUUUCUGGAAUUUUUUGAAGAACAUUAGGCCGUCAGAACAGAUAAUUCUCAAGAAAAAUUUGGACAUUCUUCAGUUUCAGAAUUGUAUAUUUUGCGACAAAAACGCAACGCGGUUGUACAGUGCAUGAAAGUGUAUAUUUUAGGAUAUUGUAAUGUCUUCAUUUUUGUAAAAAAUUGCAUUAUUUAGUAAAUAGUAUCUGAAUAAUUAUACCAUAGUAAGUUCCUCGUUUGACUUUGCAAUCACACAAGAAACGUACCAUUUACAUUACCCCCGAGCCAACAGCGCGGAGCGCCGGGCGUAAGCCCGGGGCGAGGGUACUAAUUCUGCCCGGCUUUUUACACCCGGGGAAACGAAAGCAUUAGCGAAGUGUAAAGUUCAUCAAUGAUCGCGGGCGUGGGUUAGCGUGAGUGGUUCGGUGGGUGGUCAUCUCACUGAUCUCUAAAUAUGGCUGUUUGCCAGGAGUGAAGAGACACCAAAUAUAAAAAUGCAUGUCGGAAAGCUUGGAAAAUCGUUUCACAUAACAAAUUGUAAAACUUUUUACCAUGUUUAAACGUAAGCAUUUAUAAGAACUGGUUUAGUAUGAGAAAUCCUAAAGUAUAGGGCAAGUUUUUUUCAAUCGUUUAUGUAUGACUUUGUAUUAAUAAUGUGGACUUUUUUCUUGAUAUUCAAGUCUUUCCUAUGCAUUGUUUGCGAACGUUUCUUAGUUAAAUUAACCUUUGUAGAAGUUCAUUAUAAAAAGAAAGCAAAUUAUUUACAUUAGCGUCCUGUACGAACAGGGACGCCAGAACUGGGGGCAGGAGGGGCAGCCGCCCCGUUGCCCUUUAGCAGGAGGGGCAAGGGGGGAGGCAAAGGUGCCCUUUCAAUUUAAAGGAUUGCCUUGGCGAAAUAGCGAAUUGUCGGAAAUGUUAGUGCAAUUAUUUUACGAAUUUUCUUCAGAAAACGCAAGAAAUACAGUCAUGGAGCUUCAAGAAUAGCACAAUCGCCUGGCGGAGAACCCCCUCGCACCCUUAUCAUCCAAUAAAUGGAAAACGGAUUAGGCGAAGUUCAACUCCCGAUGCUUUACAAACAUCUCUUAGUAUAUAUCAAUCAGUCAAAAGUGCCCUUUCAGGAAAAUCUCCCCCCCCCCCUUGCCUUCACAUCGUUCCGGCGUCCCUGUGUACGAAUUAAAUUUAUUUCCUUUCAAAGUGCGAACAAUAAGUAGAAGCUUGUGAAUAGUUUAUAUAAAUAUAUCGGCCUGAAGCAGCUGAUUUCAAUUCACAUUUAAAAACGUUUUACGUAGAGUUUCGUUUUUAAUUUUACAUCAAAAUAAUGCCCAUAGUUCAAAUUGAUGCCCAUAAUUCAAAUUGAUAGUUCUGCGGAUAAUAUAGUGCCCAUAGUUCAAAUUGAUAGUUCUGCGUUUAAAAGUGUUCAAGUUUCAUCAUAGGCAGCCCAAUGUUAUGGUUGCCCGCCUGCGCGCGGGCGAGGCGUUGUAUAGUAUACCCCCUCCACCUUCUUAAAAAAUGCCGUGGUAAUGAUGGCAUGGCUAGUAUAAUUAAAACAACUUGUUUUCGUUCUAGCUUGCAAAGACCCUAAAGCGCUAGGAAUGCAGAGUGGAAAGAUCCCAAAUUCAAGACUCAAAGCCUCGAGUGAAUGGAAUAGAGACUGGGGUCCAGGUUACGGCCGAUUAAAUGGGCGUAGAUGCUGGAUUGCUCGUCCAUCAAAUACCAACCAGUGGCUGCAAAUUGAUUUCAAAUAUAGAGCAACGGUUACAGAGAUUCUUACACAAGGCCGCAGGGAUGCAAAUCAAUGGGUUAGAAGUUACACUGUUGCUUAUUCUGAGGAUGGCAUCAAUUUUAAAACGUACAGAGGGAAUAAAGGGCAAGAUAAGGUAAAACAACUGUCGUAUAUUUUUUUAGUUCUGCAGCUCUUGGGCCGGUUGAAUGAAAACGGUUAUAUAUAAUACCAUGAUUUUGGGCAUCCUACUCCAUAUAACUAAUUGCAAUGGAAAUAUCGCGAGUAAAUUUUAUACAUUUGUUAGACCUAACAAGGGGAACUUGCGAAAAACGCAACUAAACUGCAUGGGAGGAAUCGCUGCACUAUUCAGGAGACUCCUCUGGGAGGAAUCGAACUUGCGGCCCUGCAAUGCGAUUCUAAAAAUGCAGAGGCGGGGAAGCGCUUCAAAAGUGGGGGGCGGGACACUGACCAGAAAGCGUACUUGAGCCAGCAAACAUUGUAAAUAUGUUAGAUGUGUCCUUAGAAUAUGUUGUGGUUUGGACGUAUGUAAUAUACAGCCUCGGAGUUUAUACAUAUACUCUAAGAGUUCUGCGUUCUAAACUGAGCAUGAACACAUGAACCACAAAUUUGAAUUAAAGAGAUCAUUUUAUAUUAAUUAAGACUAAUUCAGUCAAACUCUCCUGUCGUUUUUUAUAACCAAUGCUUAAGGAGGUAUUUAUAAGUUCUCUCUAAUUGCUAGAAAAUAGGGCAUUUUUAUUCAACAAAGAGGGGCACAUUUUCUACACCGGGCCGGUUCCGGAUCCGCGGCCUCUGAAUAAAUGUAUAAAGUUUGCGUUAGGAAUUUCCAUAUACAAACUAUAAUAUCAUUAAAAAAUGUUUGUGAUGUUACUCUGAGUGUAUAUCCACACCGGGCACACUUGAAAAAUAUGCCUGGCCACGGUGGGAAUCGAACCUACGACCUUUGGAAUACUAGCCCAACACAGAAAAAAACAUUAAAUAAUUUAAGAAAUUGUUGAGGUUUAGACUAGCCACCUGGAAAAGAUGAGAAAUUUCGAUAUUUUGAGAAAAGCCGAUUCCGAAAGUUACUAUAUUCACACAAUAUUUUAGACUUCUUCACAAAAAUGAAGCCCUUAUAUCUGAGGUCUUGGCAUAGAAAUCCUUGACCAGCAGGCAAUUUCGAAAAAAUAGAAGGUGAAGCAUUUGUAAACUCAAGAUUCGAGCUAUUUCAACACGAUAAAACAUUUCGAUUUUAUUUCAAAGUUAUUUUCAAACCUAAGUAUUGAUAAGCACGCUUAUUAACUAUGGAAAAAACACGAUUUCUUUCGAUGCAUUCGAACCGUUAUGUCAUUGUAAAUAUAACAGUGCAUUUUUUAAGGAUUCUUCAGUGGUGGGGCAAAACUGCCAAAGGGCGCAUUUUCUCCCGCAGGAUAGUAUACGAUCGCCGAAGGUGUAAGGCGAGUGCCACGGGUACGAGUUAGAUAGGGUGGUCUAGGGGCAUGCCCCGGCAGGAAAUUUUUAAAAUUUGGGUCUUUGUAAUAGCAUUUCCUGCAUUCUGAGAACACAUUUAAAAAACUCUCACGCUAAACAUUCAAACACACGAUAAAUUACUCGCUAAACAUUCAAACAAACAUAAGUUCAAUUUUAAACUCAUUUACUCAAUACUGAGGUCCUAGGGCCCUGGCUUUGGGGCAAUAGGCCAUUUUGUUUCUUCAGUGGUGGGACAGAGGAAGGGGCCCAGUGGGGAAAAUGACCCACCAGUCCAUGGUAUUAAAACAUGCCUUGAAAUAUAAUCCUUUUGCUAUUCUCUCACCUCUCAUCUAAUUACGUCAACGUCCUAUUUUAUAGUACUUUUGUAGGUGUAUGAGUCCUAUAUACGUCCUUGAAUUUCUCAGUAGUAAACCCUGUGUUAACCUUGACACUUAAACUGUAUCAUUUUCAGAUGAUGAAUAAUGGACGACAGGUCUAUUAUUCUUUUGCAAUUAUUGGGUUCAACGAGUUUGUUUGCCGUCCCUGUCGCGUUCCGGUGUUGCAAUUUAUUUGCUCUCCUUAAUUACAUUUUGAGUUUUUUUUGUAAAACUAAAUAGGGUAAUUUAAGAAACUUAAACCUGUGAACAGUGCAUUGCUUAAGGCAAAUAAUGAAAGCAACAAAAUUCAUCUACAUUAAACAUUCAAAGCAAACGUGCCCAAUAUUUUACGAUUUCCCAUAAUAAAUAAUUCCUCUUAUUUAUUCAAACAAAAAGUGUUUCAAAGCUCAUUGAAUAAUUUCCAAAUGUAUGUUUUUGAAAAUCGAAAUUUUGUUUAUCCUACUCCUGAAAAACACCAUAUUUCUGAGACCCUCGAGAAGAUCCACCCAUAACACGAUGAAACAUAGCCACACGCCCGCGAUUAUUGACGAACUUUAUAUUACGCCCGGAACGGCGCCAGGAUUAUCACCUCGAGUUUAUGUUAUUGUUUCAUCUGCAUACAAAUUAUAAUAGAGAAGUGUUUCAUUGCUAGCGCUAAAAUGAUGUAUCUCUUUGACGCAGGUAUUUUCAGGUAACACUGAUAGAAAUAGUGUUGUCCGUCAAGAACUUUCACCUGUUGUUGUUGCAAGAUUCAUCAGAAUCCAACCAAAAUCUUGGCAAUCUCACAUUUCCAUGAGAGCUGAAGUUCAUGGUUGUUUUGAAGGUAAGCUUGACGCAGCAAAUGUCCGAAUUCUAACAUUUUAAAAACUUUCCGACCUGAUUGGGGUUAAUUGCUGCCGCAGCGAGCGAGCCUGAAGCGAGCGAGCAAGGCAGCAGAUCCUAAUUUUGUUUUGUGGGUCGAUAUCAAAAUUUUGUAUUUGGCGCAUUGCAUGACGGUACCAGUGAAUUUUAACCGUGGUGCAGCGCGGUCAAGCAUAAGGCAAACAGGCAAUGUGAUCAUCUUUCAUCUUUGGUCUUCUUUUAUGGAAAGCCAUAGCUGGCUUAAAGUGAUCAAACGGCAAUUUGUUGGGUGCUUUUAGCAUUAUACGGCGGCGCUUUCGGCAUUAUACACGGUGCUUUCGCCAUUAUACGCGGUGGUUCUCGCAUUAUACGCUGUGGUUCCAGCAUUAUACGCGGUGCUUUCACCAUUUUAUACGCGGUGCUUUUGCAAUUAUACGCAGUGGUUCGGCACUAUAUGCAGUGCUUUUAACAUUAUACGCGAUGCUAGCUUUCAUUCAACAUUAUUUUCAUAUUCUUUCCAUGACAUGUAUAUGAUUUAACGAUUGCUUAAAUUUGGUAUGUAGUUGACGAAUGCUUUUUGCCUAUGGUCCGCAAAGACAAUGACAUGCUUUUCUGUGUAUAUAAAUGAAUAUAACGCAGCGAAUGCGCCAAGCAGUAUAAACGCGCGGUUGAAAUACGAUAUUAAAAUCUUGAAUGUGCCGUAUGAUUUAAUUAUGUUUUAGGAUUUACAAAUGCUUUGUCAUUUGGUGUUUAUACUUGUAAUGCAUCACAAGGCAGUACGUAAGUGAAAAAAUUUCACAAGUGAGAUUGUCUUGUAUAUAUUUUUGCUUUCUUUGAUAAACAUCAUUAUUAAUAAACACGCAAAUUUUAAUUAGUGAGACACAAUAUUAAAUGUCACUUGCAUGUCAUUGUCAUUGCCCUUUAACCCCUGGUCUAAUUGGCCGCUUUUUGAAAAUGUUGAUCAUGACGAACCGCACUGCCUUAAUUAUGCAAACUUUGUGUUUUAAAAACGAGUUAGGAUAAAACGGGGAUACGGACGGACGGACGAAUGACGGACGGACGGACGGAUGGCGACGGACGGACCGGAAGGAUAACAUAUAUAUUUCAUUAUAUAGUCUGCGCGCAGCCGCGCAGGGUAGGUAGUGGCUUACGUAUUCGCUGGUUGUUAUACUUUAAAAUAAUUUUGUAUUUACCGAGAAAUCAAUAUUCCGAGUGUAUAAAUAUAUAAACUGGGAUGUCACACUGAUAGCUUGUUUACAUUUCCUGGAGCAUCAUGAAAUCUUAUGUUUAACCACAUGGGCGUACCGGAAGGAAAAAAUUAGGGGGGCGGAAAGAAAAUUGCCCGACUUUUCGAAUUCUGCCCGACUAGUAUCAAAAAAAUUUCGGUCAGUGUACCAUUUUAGGGUCAAAAAAUUUUUCCGGACAACCAAUUUUUUUCGGAACAUAACACAAAUUUUCGAAAAAUCGCAAAAUUUGCAAAAAAAUUGACUUAAUUUUAGACAAAAUUGACAGAAUUUGUCCCAUUUUUUUUAUUGCAAGCCAAAAUUGCCCGACUGUUGAUCGCAUAUUGCCCGACUGCCCAAAAAACUGGGGGCUGCCGCCCCCCCCCCGCCCCCCCCGCCCGGUACGCCUAUGUUUAACCACGGUGGUUUAACCCAUUAGUUGGCAAUGCGCCCUUCCCUUGUCCAGAAAAUUUUACUCGUCAGUGGUACAGGGUACUGCCAGUAAAUGGGUUAACAAACCUAUCUGCCAAUGGCUCUUGUUAAUCCAUCAGCACAGUAAUGACUUUAGUAUUUACCCUGUCCAACGCCAGACGAUUUUUAAUACUCAGUCAGUGGUAGGGCCGUGCUGUCAAUAAAUGGGUUAACAAGGAUAACAAUAGCCUGCGUAGCGGCUAUCGGAUCUACUUUCUCUGAGAGCCGCUACGCAGGCUAGGAUAACAAUAAUAGGAUGUUUCUGAAGGACUCGUUCAACACCCUGUAGUUUGUCUUUUGCUGUCAAAGGCAGCAUUACUGCCCUGUGGGUAACCUAGUUUAAAUUAUAUACACUGUCUAAAAAUAUUCAAACAUUUAUUUGACAUGAAUUAUGGCAACACGAAUGAAGUCAUUUAAAAAUUUUAGAAAUUUUUUAUAUAUUUUUUGUACUAAACGACAAAAAUAACUGAUUAAUUAAACAUGAUAGUAUAGGAAACUUUAAUACAGCUUCAUAGGCAAAAAAAUUAAAGCCACAAAAUCAUAAAAUAUGCUAGAAAAUACAUGCAUGCAGAAACUCUCGCCUUGCUGACAAAACCAUUAUAUUUUCCGACAAAACCAUUGCCGACAAAACCAUUAUAUUUUCCGUUUAUGAAGUAAAAUCUCCUAAAAAUAUCACUUUUUAUUAUAAAAUUAUCAAUUUCCCAAACAUCAAUUAGGUAAGUGAUUAUACGUUAUUAUGCGUAAUAUAAGCAUCAAUUUAAUUAAUGUAAAAUUCAAACACAAGCGUCAAGGCAUCAUUUUUUAAGAAAUUGCAACUAGUGGAGCCAAACCUCAAUGAAGGCCUCUCCCCCGCACAGUUACCUGUGGGGCGGCUCUAGCUCUAUUUGAAUGAGGGGGGGGGGGGGCGUGUAAGUGAAAUUUUGCCUACUCAUUUCAAACGCUAAUUUAUAUUUCUUUUCCCCAAAUUGUUGGCGAGUAGAGGGGGAGGGGGGCGAGAGGAGGGGUACACGGCUCUACAUCAAAAUGUUUUCCGCACAUUAAACUUUUCAUUUGCUUUUCGGUUAACGUAGCAUAGUUUGUUUAAUUUUCCGUAAUUUUUUCGUACGUUUCUCUAAAUUUUAGCUGCAAUUAUUAGUUUCUAUCAGUGUCAGUCAAAUAUUUUAGUCUCUUUCCUUCCUAUCCAACUGUGAUUAGAUGCUUUGCUGACUACCUGACGACUGGGACGUGUUUCAAUCCCGACACCCGCAUCCCCCCUUUAGCGCCGCACCUGCUUGUUCUCACUUUUAUAAGAUGGAAUGUCCAGAAUAUAGGGCGGGCAGAUUUUUCAGCAAGGUUGACUUUUUACAAAUGAUCAAAGGGGCCCAAUUCAUCUGAAAAUCUUGCUUCACUACUGAGCAAGCAAAGGGCCUACUGGGGUAAACGCCCCAGUAGCGAACGCAUUGAUUGGUUGCAGAAACACUCGCCUUGUUGACAAAACCACUAUAUUUUCCGAACAUGAAGUAGAUGUCAUGGUAACACGAUAAUUUUAUUAAUUUCAGUUUUAAGACAUCAUUAGUGGGCUCUUCUAAAUGGAUACAUGAAAUCACCUAUGGCUUAUUUUAAUUUUUUUGGCGCCAGGCUUGUGAAGUAAUUUACCCGCCAAAAAGUAGCAAAUCCAAAAACAAGAAAAGUAUAUGAUUUGUAAGAAUGAUAUGUUCUAUGUUCACGGGUUAAUUAGUACAAACGGGAUGAAAAUUAAAGAAAUUGAAGUAUACUGGGGUUUUGCAUGCAUUUUUGACAAGCAUGCAACGAAAUUUGCAACAGAUACCAGGAAAUAAGUUGGGUGGGGGCGAGGUUCUCUAAGGUUCCAGAACAUUAACCUGAUCCAGGAAAUCCCGGCCACUACCUGAACAUGUUCAAAACUCUGACUAUGAUGAAUGACGGAUAACAACAACCUGUCGAUAAUUUCGCCCCUAGAGCCAAUCUAAAAUGUUUUUUAAAGACGGUGUCAUUUCAUCUGGCAAUAGUGAGGUGAAAGAAGCAGCAAUUUGGUAUUUGUGUUGAGGAGAAGCGCUUGCUUGAGUAUAUCAGACAUCUUGAGAACUGCAAAUUGUUUCUAUGACAAGAGAGAAUUCCGGAUUGUACUCCUAUAACAUAGGUGCAAUUUGUCUGCGCAUGCGCGAGAUUUACGCGGAAAACAAGAUGGCGACGGUUGAAUAGACUAGAUUAAUUAGUCCUUUUAAAGUGUUUUCAAGUAAAAAUAGUCAAAUGAAUUAUUCUUUUGGAUAUCAUUGUACAUCAUGCUUUAAUUUUUUUCAUCAAUCGCGAAAUGAUAAAAUACUAGAAUGUCAUUGUACUUUAAAAUAUUUUGUAGAAAUGAAGGCAUGUUUGAUUUGAGGAGUUUUCCAAAUUAUAUUUUUACAAUGAAUAACAACACACUACAAAAAUAUUCAAUACGCAUACCUAGCGCAGGUGGGGCCUGCAUGAUAAAUCCAAGAUGGCGGUACAACAGGGCAAAAAGACUAUAGAUUCCAUUACGAAAAUCAGGAUUUUUGCAUUUUUUGCCGUCGCAUUGUUUUGAAACUUAUUCGGUCAAAUUUUAUGGUAAAGAGAAACUUACCGCGUAGAUUUUGAGCAUAUAUAUGAUUGAAUUGGAUGAAAACUCGCAAAAUUAUCCAUCGAUAAAAGUUCGUGUAUAGUACUGAUAUAGUACUAUAUAUGUAACUUGUACAGUUUUAAUUUAAUUUUUGCUCACUAUUUGCAUAAAAAGCAAAUUAUAACAGACCAUAGAUGAUAGACCCUCAUCCAGUGCUCUCAUCAGUUUACUUCUCUAACAAGCAAGGGGGGGGGGGAGGGGGGUUACAUAACAGUUCAUUUUUUAUAAUUAUGAGGACAGAGCAGAUGAUGAUGAGAGAUGCAAGUAUAAAACACCAUUCACAAGGCUAGAUGUUAACAUAGCACAGUAUUUCUGGCAAUAAAACGCUCGAACUGACCAACUGACCAAUUCACACGAACUUUUAUCGCUGGAUAAUUUUGCGAUUUUUCAUCCAAUCAAUCAUAUAUAUGCUGAAAAUCUUCGCGGUAAGUUUCUCUUUACCAUAAAAUUUGACCGAAUAAAUUUCGAAACAAUGCGACGGCAAAAAAUGCAAAAAUCCUGAUUUUCAUAAUGGAAUCUAUAGUCUUUUUGCCCUGUUGUACCGCCAUCUUGGAUUUAUCAUGUAGGCCCCACCUGCGCUAGGUAUGCGUUAGCAAUCUAGAUCUCCUAUAUCUAUGAUAUCGCCCACCUUUUGAGAGGGGGCUAAUCUCCUGAGGGGGGGGGGGGGCGAAAAUCCUGUGACACCGGGCAGAAUGAACUGAAUGCGGAAUUAGCAGCGCCACGGGAAAACGUCUGCGCAUGCAUCACCUUUACUGAAAUUUGCUUUGCGAACUUGGUGUCAAGUGUACCGAAAGUUGCCAAAAAUUCAAAAUGGGAGCGACUUCGAUGUUUUGCCUUUUCUGUGAAAAUGCAAGCGAAAUAGUGAAUGUGACAACCUAAAAACUAGAAAUAUUACAGUCUACACGUGCAAGAAGUAGUAUUAUGCGAGAAAAUAAACCAAAGGUGACCGUCGAUAAAUUUAUUGUAUAAAAUGUUCUUUAACUGAACCAUACAAUGAUAUUUUUCGUAGGUUCAUAUGAUCCACAUUUUUCUCAAUAACUUUUUUUGCGUAGCAUGUAUUAUUUUCGCGUUGACCAGAUUUAAGGGUAAUGAUUUACUCAACAAUUUGAUCAUGUGCAAAUGCUUAACUAUUUGAUAGUUUUCUUAGUCCCCUCUGAAGACAAGGAAACGUUCCAGCUAUCUUUAAAACAGGGAAUGCGGAAACGGAGAAUACGGGAACAAGUUUCCAUGCAACAAGCACACUAAUAUCCCCCGUCUUAUCAGUUUAAAAAUAAAUUUAAAUAAUUAGUAUUAUAAAUUAACACGAUUCCCGUAUACGGAUUCCCCAAUUUCCGGAUUCCCCGAUUCCCGGAUUCCCCGAUUCCCGGAUUCCCCAUUCCCUGUUUUGAAGAUAGCCAGCUCGUUCCUAUAUUAUCAUUAUGUUUGUUGUUGUUAAAGGGACCGCAGUAAUUGGCUUGGGCUGUUGGGGAUUGCCUACCAUGUGCUAA